AUGUCCCGUGUUAGAAGAAUUGCUAAGGAAUUAGAAGAAUGUGGUCAGGAUACACAGUCGGGUGUUUCUUUGCAGUUAGUUAACGAAACUGAUUUGACACAUUUAAGUGGAUUCUUCAGAGGACCACCAGGUACCCCAUACGAAGGAGGGUUGUUUCAAGUCGAUAUUAACAUCCCAAAUGAAUAUCCAUUCAAGCCUCCACAAAUGAAGUUCGCUACCAAGAUAUAUCACCCUAAUAUUUCUUCGGUCACCGGUGCCAUUUGUUUGGAUAUUUUGAAGGACGCAUGGACCCCGAUUUUGACGUUGAAGAGCUCAUUAAUUUCGUUACAAUCAUUGUUGCAAUCACCAGAACCAAACGAUCCCCAGGACGCUGAAGUUGCCAAGCAUUACUUGACUAACAAGAAGGGUUUUGAAGAGACGGCUACCUACUGGACUAAAAUUUAUGCUUCGGACGGUGAUAAAGCUGGCAAGAGCGAUUUGAGUGAUUCAGCGUUGUACGGAAUCGAUGACGAUAUAGUCACGCAGUUUGAAAACAUGGGUUUCCCAAGAGACAAGACCAUCGAGGUUUUAAGAAGGAUGGGAGUCAAAAGUUUCAAUGGAGUUAGCAACAAAAGUGACUUAGAAAACAAGAUCUUAGAAGAAUUAUUAAGAGAAUGUCAAUAG